UUGGCAGACUGCUCCUCACUGACAGCGCUCUUGUUUUUCUUAUUCAACGUUAGUUUGAGAGAGCGUUGCGACAAGCUAUUUAGUUUUCUCUUUAAAGUUACUCACUAAACGGAUGAUAAUAAUAUAACGCUGUAACGUUACUUUGCUUUCAGAAUAAUUCGCCUAUAUGUUUACUGUUAUUUGUUUGCAGUAGUGCUGUGGCACGAAGCUGCUAGCUAUGAUGCUAGUGAUCGUUUAGCAUCGCUAUGAGCUAACUGUUUGUCAGAAGACCUAAUCUUCUAAAGUAAAAAUAAAUCGGAUUUUACUUUUAUACAGGAAAUACAAGGAAAAGACCGCCAACCAGGCAGUGGAUUGGAAACACUCAGUUAGCUCCUGUGUUGGAGAACUUGGAUAAACGAUGGCGUCAACGGUGUACGUCCCUGUGGAUGAGUGGCCCUGAGGAGUGAUUCAGCAGCAACAAUGUCCUGUAAAUCAACCAAAGUUGCCCCAAGUGUUGAUUUUGACCACAGCUGCUCCGACAGCGUGGAAUAUUUAACGCUCAAUUUUGGACCCUUUGAGACUGUUCAUCGUUGGAGAAGACUCCCUCCGUGUGACGAGUUUGUUGGUGCAAGGCGCAGCAAGCACACUGUUGUGGCAUACAGGGAUGCCAUUUAUGUGUUUGGGGGAGACAAUGGGAAAAACAUGUUGAAUGACCUGCUACGCUUCGAUGUGAAGGACUGCUCAUGGUGUCGGGCCUUCACCACUGGAACUCCACCUGCUCCCAGAUAUCACCAUUCAGCUGUUGUCUAUGGCAGCAGCAUGUUUGUUUUUGGUGGCUACACUGGAGACAUCUACUCAAACUCAAACCUGAAAAACAAAAAUGAUCUUUUUGAGUACAAGUUUGCAACUGGGCAGUGGACUGAAUGGAAGGUGGAGGGGAGCUUGCCGGUGGCUCGGUCUGCACACGGGGCCACAGUCUAUAAUGAUAAACUGUGGAUAUUUGCAGGUUAUGAUGGGAAUGCCAGGUUGAAUGACAUGUGGACCAUCAGUCUGCAGGAUAGAGAUCAUGCAUGUUGGGAGGAGAUUGACCAGAGUGGUGAGAUUCCUCCAUCCUGCUGUAACUUCCCUGUAGCUGUUUGCAGAGACAAGAUGUUUGUGUUUUCUGGUCAGAGUGGAGCCAAGAUCACCAACAACCUCUUUCAGUUUGAGUUUAAGGGCCACAUGUGGACACGUAUCCCUACUGAGCACUUACUGCGCGGCUCCCCUCCACCUCCUCAAAGACGCUACGGCCACACCAUGGUCGCCUUUGACCGUCAUCUGUACGUAUUUGGAGGUGCUGCUGAUAACACUCUGCCCAAUGAGCUUCACUGCUAUGAUGUGGACUCUCAGACUUGGGAGGUGAUCCACCCUAGCAUGGACAGCGAGAUGCCCAGUGGUAGACUCUUCCAUGCUGCUGCUGUGAUUCAAGAUGCCAUGUACAUCUUUGGAGGGACUGUGGACAACAAUGUGCGCAGUGGGGAGAUGUACAGAUUCCAGUUCUCUUGCUAUCCAAAGUGUACUCUUCAUGAGGACUAUGGGAAACUGUGGGAGAACCGUCAGUUCUGUGAUGUGGAGUUUAUCCUGGGAGAGAGGGAGGAGAGAGUCUUGGGGCAUAUCGCCAUCGUGACUGCAAGGUGUCAGUGGCUAAGGAAGAAAAUCUUGCAGGCUUGGGAUAGGCAGCGACAGAAGACAAAACAGGAGAGCAGCGAAGAAAGUGAUGAUGGGGCAGCUGGUGGCCAGAGGGAUAUCCCAGCAGGCCACAGAUCAGGCACUCGCACUCAGCCGCUGCUUGAGGUAGCCAUUAGGGAAGCGGAGGCCCAGCCUUUUGAAGUUUUGAUGCAGUUUCUCUACACAGACAAGAUCCAGUACCCACGCAGAGGUCAUGUGCAGGAUGUUCUUCUUAUCAUGGAUGUUUAUAAACUGGCUCUUAGUUUUAAGCUGUCCCGCCUGGAGCAGCUGUGUGUGCAGUACAUUGAGGCGUCUGUCGACCUGCAGAAUGUCCUUAGUGUUUGUGAAAAUGCCAACAAGCUACAACUGGACCAACUCAAGGAACAUUGCCUUAACUUUGUGGUGAAGGAGUCACAUUUCAACCAGGUGAUCAUGACAAAGGAGUUUGAACAUCUGUCCACCCCGCUGAUAGUAGAGAUAGUGAGACGAAAGCAGCAGCCCCCUCCCAGACUGUACUCAGACCAGCCUGUGGACAUCGGCACCUCUCUGGUCCAGGACAUGAAGGCUUACCUGGAAGGAGGAGGUCUAGAGUUCUGUGACAUCAUCCUACUCUUAGACGGACACCCACGACCUGCUCACAAGGCAAUCCUGGCGGCCAGAUCCAGUUACUUUGAAGCGAUGUUUCGCUCCUUUAUGCCAGAAGACGGUCAGGUUAAUAUCUCCAUUGGUGAAAUGGUUCCAAGUAAGCAGGCCUUUGAGUCCAUGCUGCGCUAUAUCUACUACGGCGAUGUCAACAUGCCUCCAGAAGAUUCUCUCUAUCUGUUUGCUGCUCCGUAUUACUACGGCUUCUCAAACAACCGUCUACAGGCUUACUGUAAGCAGAAUCUGGAGAUGAAUGUCACUGUGGAGAAUGUCUUGCAGAUUCUGGAGGCAGCUGAUAAGACUCAGGCUCUGGACAUGAAGAAGCACUGCCUGCACAUAAUUGUGCACCAGUUCAUCAAGGUAUCCAAGCUCCCCAACCUGCGAUCUCUCAGCCAGCUGCUGCUGUUGGACAUCAUUGAGUCUCUAGCUUCACACAUAUCAGACAAACAGUGUGCAGAGAUGGGCUCGGACAUUUAGGAUGACAACAAAGCCAGCCUCUUCUUUGCUCUCCUCUCACAGAAGCCAUAAGACUUUACUCCUCCUCCUUACUCUCACUCAUUCCCUCCUUUACAACACAAUACUUCUCUGUGUUGUAUAUCCCCACCCCUGAUAGCUGCUUUUUAUACAUGCAGUAUAAAAGAGUCAAUGAUGGCUGAAAUAAGUGUAGAAAGCAGUUUCAAGCUCAGUUUUGAUUGUUAAAAGGGUUUUUUUAAACUACUUUAUCUGUUCAGUUUACAUUUAUUUAUUUGGAAGAUAAUGCCUGUUUUAAUUUGAUCAGUAUAGCCACCUCCAUCUUUUUUUUUAUAAAUAGGCAGCAGACUAUAAUAAUCCAUACCCCUGGCACUAUAUUCAUGCUAUGGUUUUAGCCUCAGCUGUUCUGUUAAUUUAUCUGCAAAGAUUUGUAAUCUCAGUGAACUAUAAAAUAGGUUUUAAUAAAAUCCGUAGUCAUCACUUAUUCAAAGCUCUGACACAUUAAACAAGCUGGAAUUAAAAUUGAAAGGAGUAAAAAUCAUCUGAAAGUAUUUGAAUGUAUGUCUGUCUUAAAGUUUUUUUGUUUAUUGUAAUUAUGGACGCACAUCUAUCUUUGUGAUACUAAUCCCUAUUAUUAACAGGUGAGCUUUCUGUUCAGUGUAUUUAGUGACAUCGGUAUGCUGUUUUUGACUAUAAACCCACAUGGGUUUCAAUUAUUUAAAGCCUUAAUAAAUCUAUCAUACAAAGUC